UAAGAAGGCGAAGCUUUGUCCCGUCUCUACUUUUUUUCCGGUUCUUCCAGAAGUUAUCUUUCUCCCAGACUCUGUGCGCAUUGGGUUAUAAAAUCUGAGGAUUUGUUUAUUUACAGGUUUGCGCUGCAAAAAUGAGGCUUUCAUUUAUCCUCUUUAUUACCAUCUCAGCUGGAUUUAGUGGGACUCUGGCCAUCAGAAGCCUGGUCUUCCCCAGUGAAACCGGCCCCUCAGGGACUCUGGCCAUCAGAAGCCUGGUCUUCCCCAGUGAAACCGGCCCCACAGGGACUCUGGCCAUCAGAAGCCUGGUCUUCCCCAGUGCAACCAGCACCAGCUAUGUGGAGAUGAUCCCUCAGAAACCGCUCAGCCUGAAGGCGUUCACGCUGUGCAUGCGUGUGGCCACAGAGCUCAGCGGUGAGAGGGAAAUCAUCCUGUUUGCGUAUCGAACCCAAGACUUUGAUGAGCUGAAUGUGUGGAAAGAGCUGGAUGGAAGGCUGUCCUUCUACCUGAGUGGAGAUGGAGUUUUCUUCCAAGUCCCUGGUCUUGGUGCCCUGCAGACUCACCUGUGCGUCACCUGGGAUUCCAGCUCAGGUGCUGCGGCCCUCUUCAUAGACGGCAGAAAAAGUCUGACCAAAAUCUACAGGAAGGGUCACACCAUCCGGGCGGGAGGCCGAGUUCUCCUGGGCCAGGAUCCGGAUAAUUAUCUGGGUGGCUUUGACGUAAAUCAGAGUUUUGUUGGAGAAAUUUCUGAUGUGAAUUUAUGGGACUAUGUCCUGUCAGACACUGCAGUCCAAGACAUGAUGACUGCAAAAAGAGGAAAUGUGUUGGAUUGGGAAACCGUAGAGCUUAGACCAAAUGGAGAGGUGGUGGAGAUUAAUGUUAAUCUGUAGCUCAACUGUUUAUGUGGGCAACAACUUUAUCAUUUGCACAAAUAAAAUUCCUCCUGUGAUCAAUAUCUUGAA